AUGGAAUGGGCCAUCUGCAGAUAUGAGGUUGACAAGAUGUGCCAGGAGCAGCCGUUUGUCUGCCUUCCAUGCACUCCCGAAAUGCUUGCGGUAGCAGUGGAUGGCAAUCGCAAGCAUUAUCGUUUCAAGAAGGCAGGGAGUCAGGACAGUCAUGGCCACUUGGAAGGUGUUUUCCUUUGCGAGGACAGCAAGGUGUCAGAGUAUGUAGACCAUGUCCACAAGGCCACCAAACAUGUUCCCGGAAAGGGUGUCUGUGGUGGGGCUGAAUUUGCUGCUGCUAAGGAGAUCUCCAGAAAAUCUAGCAGCAAGCUUGAUGAAGAGGGCAUUGAGCUUGCUGUCUGCAGGCAUGGCACAAUCCUUAGAGGCCUUAAUAUGUUUAGGGGGGAAAUAUAUGCAUAUGCCCUCUACUUGCAGAAGGAAUUGGGCAACACUGCAACUUUCUUCUGCACUGAUCUUAUGUGCAAGUACUGGCCCUACUUGCAGAAGGUCUGCAGAGUAUGCCCAGAACUACAACAUCUUCUAGGCAUGAAGCCCUUUCUUUCUGUCCUCCAUGCAAAGGCCCAUGGAAUGAAGUGUGAGAUCAAAUGGGGUGGGGGGUUCCAGGAGAAUGCUGCCUGCACCCUGGGAGAAGAAGUGGAGCAGGCCAACGCCUUCCUCUCCAGGAUAGCCAUUUCCACAAAAUAUAUGUCAAAAGCUGCACGCACUGACAUGAUCACACUCUUGUGCAUGGGAUGGAACCAAGCCAAGGUCCAGCACAUGAGCUCCUACCUCAGCAGACAAUUCCUGAAGAACUCCACAAUCCUGCAGUGGGUGACCGAUGUUCAGGAGUGGGCUGAGAGUGCACCAGUGGAGGACAGUGAUGCACCUGUGGAGUUGCAGAAGAAGAUGGAGGAAAUGUCUGCCAGCAUCAGGCAGAGAACACAUCGGCUGUACAGGCAGAAUGACACAAACAAGGGUCGCCACAGGAUGAGAGCCAAAAUAAGAGAGGAGAAAGGGAAGCUGGCUGCCCUGGUCCUGGAACAUAAUACACUUGUCCAGCCAUCCGAAAGAGUGGAGUCAGUGGAGUUAAUCUUCCAGCCGGAAUACAUAUUCCCCUGGCACGUUCCAACAUCUGAUACUGACAUUCUCACAAAAAAGAAGGUCUUUGAGAAGGUCAUGGGUAUCCAGAGGCUGGAGGAGGAAGAAGUGGUCCUCGUCAAAGAGAUGAAGCAGCACUGGGAAUACCUGAAGAGACGUGCGGAGGUCUUGGAGCAGUCAAUCUCUGGUGACUGUUGGAACCUGUCACCAAAAGGGAGGAAGGGACUCCAAAGUUUGCACCAGAGGAAACUUACAGAGUUGAAGUCUCACCAGGCUGUAGUGAGACAGAUGUAUCUCCAACACCUCCACCUGGAUCUUACAGAACCCGACCUGGACCUGGAAGAACUCCUGGAAGAGGGCCAGGACUGUUUAAGCUCUGACACCAGCUCAGAUGAUGACGACGAUGUCAACACCUAGGCAUCGACAGAAUAUCAAUGAUAUGCCUUUGAAUUUGGGUAUUGUGAGACAAAUAAAUGCUUUUCUAGAACAAUUUCUUGACUGGAAAUCAAUACAUUUUACUUUUCUUGCUUCAGGUCUAUGUACCUGUUUUAUCAACAACAUGCUCUACAUCAGAUCAUGUUGCCUACCACUGAUAUCUAAUAACAUCUGCUACCCCAAAAAGGCAUUACAAUAUAUUUUCAUGUUUCUAUUCCCCUUAUUUCAGGCAGUAAGAUUCAGUAGUAG